AUGGAGCAGAGCAUGCUUGACGUGAAGCUGCAGGAGACGGGGGAAAGAGAGAGGCUCAAGGAGUACAUCAUUGGCCAUCUGAAUGAGUGCGGCUGGAGAGAGGAUCUGAAGAAGCAAUGUGUGGACUUCAUUCAGAACAAGGGCGUUGAGCAAGUUUCUCUGGAGGAGAUGAUCGCGGAUAUCGCGCCGAGAGGCCGAGCAACGCUUCCCGAGAAGCUCAAGGUGGAGGUCUUCAACCGCUUGAGGCAGGAGACGGGGAAGACGGGGACGCGCGUGGACUCUUUGAUUUGGGUCUCAGGUUUCACCAGGUCCAAAAGGUCCAGGUUCAGCUCGCUCAAUGGCCCGUCCUCAACUCCGCGCCAUGAGAUGGAGUCCUGGCUGGCGGAGGCGGAGAUCUACUGUCACCGGCUGAACCGGAGCCGAACUGCCUGGAGCCUUGAAAGGGACUCGGCGGCCCGCAUUGCUGCCUUCGAAGACAGGCUCCGGGCGCUGCGCAGGCGGAACGAGCAGCUGGCUUCCACGGUCAAAAUCUUGGACGAGGCGCUCUCGUCUUGCAAAAGCCGCUCUGCCAAGAGCCUUAGCCUCUUCCGCGGGACUGGCCCAGUGGCGUGCUCACCGCAAGAGACGGAGAGUGAGGACUGGCGCUCCCUGGCACUUCGCAUUCCGAGCGUGCGCAAGAGCUGGAGUGAAGCCAAGGCUUACCAUGCGCUGCACAAGGCUGGUUUGCCGGAACAUUUGUCUCUGAAGGAGAUUCAUCGCAAUGAGAUCCACCCUGAAAGCCCAGAAGGCUUUCACUUCGGCGCAAUGCGCGACCGGGAGCCGUGGGAAGUCGUGGCAACCCUCAUCUCGCACCCGAAUGCCGUCCGCAACGCGCGAAUUUGCCAAGGCGUACUCUUCACUGCUGGCGAUGACGCGACGGUCAAGGCUGUUGACCUCUCAGGCUUCCGGAGGAAUAGCGAAGCGCCCUGUGAUGACUGGGAGCCUUUCACAGUCUAUCGUGCCCACACCGGACCAGUCUUGGCACUGGCUCUCCCAGAGGAUGCACCGCCCGUGGGCUUCAGCGGGGGCAUGGAUGGCGACAUUUACUCCUUCGAAGUGAUGUUGCCGUCGGAGUGCCCUUCAGAGAUGAGUCACCUGCAACGCUUCCGCGGACAUAGGGACUCGGUGUGGGCGUUGGACUUGCAGCCCAAGCUGGGCCUCCUGGCCAGCACCGGCGCUGACAAGAUGGUCCUCCUGUGGCAGGCCGCGCAGGACGGCUGUGUCGCAGCGCCGCUGCAAGCCUUGGACCUCCCGAGCGAUGGCUUUGGGCCUGUCACAGGCAUCGCCUGGGGACCUCGCAGCAGUUCCUUGCUGCUGUGCUGCGGCAGUUGGGCCAGCAGCUGCUGCGCCAUGGAUGCCGAGCAAGGAGUUGCAGCCUACCGGGCCAAUGCGAAGACCAGGGAGGACCACGCCGCACCAGUCCUGGCUGUUGCUUGCCAUCGCAGCAGCGAUAUCGCUGUCAGUGGUCACGCAGAUGCCUGCGCUCGCGUGUUCAGUCCACUCACUGGCAGGUCCAUGUGGACGUUGCAAUGCGGGCAAGGCAAGAUGGUGACUUCUGUGGCACUGGACCCGGGCCCCGGCACGGAGGUGGUGGCCGCGGGCCACGACGGCUCGCUGCACAUCUUCGACUUGAGGACUUGUCGCUGCGUGCAAGAGGCCCACCUGCACGAGCGCGCCAUAGCCGCGCAAGGGGAGGCGAUUCACUCCGUCGGGGCCCGCUUACACAGUGUGCGUUGCUUAAAACAGAUGCAGUUGACAGGUUCACCACAGUGGAGACUUCAUUGUCACAGCAGGCGCAGAUGCAACAGUGCACCUGCUUGAGAGGACGAAGAUGUAAGCAGCCGCAAAAGACUUGACGCUUGCAAGGGUUGCCUCCUCCGAUUUCCG